AGUCUACGUUUUGUCGUGCCACUGAUUGGUAUUCUAAACAUUUAAUAGUCGAAUUAAUAUUGAAAGUGAAGACGUUCGUUUGUCGGUUUUAUAUGAUAAAAGUGCUACAUUGAUCAACACUAAGUUACCGAUUUGAAGUUAACCGAAUUUUGUCAUAAAAUAUCACAAAUAUUACAAAAUGUCACAUACCGUGAAAAUAACGACAACAACAACAUCGAAUUCCAAUGCCAUCAUCUUAAAUUCUGGUUAUUUAAAAACCGUGCCCGGCCUCUUGAAACUUGGAGAAUUGAUUCUUGGCAUAAUUAGCGUUGGCAUCGUAGCUUAUUACUACACGAAUGGCUACAAUGUUUAUUUUAAAGGCGAUUUGUUCUUUUUCCUCAUGGCAACAACAUUUAUGAUAUGCACAUUCUGUUUGCUGUUGUCCUGCCUUAUUUCUUGGAGCACCGGUGGUCUCAUAUCAAAAACGAUGUUUGAACUUAUCUAUCAUGCCGUUGCAACGAUUUUGCUGUUAGCGUCGUCCGUAAAUUUUCUGGUCAAAAUCAACAACCACGUAUGGAAGAACACAGUUCAUGAAGCUUAUAUGGCUGCUUCCAUUAUUGGACUUAUCAAUACAAUUUUGUAUUUGUUGAGCGCAAUAUUUGCUCAACGUCAAUAUCGUGGAAUUUAAAAGACGAUUUGAAAUCAGAUAUGCUUACUAUAUCGAUGACAAGAAAUAAGUACCUACAUUAUCAAUCUAACAAGAGAUUAGGAAAUACACAAAACUGCAAAAUCAAUAUGGAGUGGAAAAACUUUUUUUU